CACGAGCUGCUCAUACCUCACCAUCAUGAACUUCGCCGCCGCAGCCGCUGCUGCCAAAGACGCACCUGCCGUGGCCGAUGCCGCUGGCCCAUCGAAGCCCGCAUCGGGCAUCCAGCACUUGAUCCUCGACGCUGGACCCCUCCUCUCCCUCACACCACUCCGCCAUCUCGCGCAGACGUUUCACACCACCCCGGCGGUUCUCGCGGAAUUGCGCGACCCCCGCGCGCGCGAGCACUGGGAACGCCUUGCACUUCAGGGCGUAGAUGUGCGCGUUGCCCCUCCGACCGCCGAGGCCGUGGCUGCCGUCACGGCAUUCGCGAAGAAGACCGGAGACUUCAACGUCCUCUCCUCCACCGACUUGGGAGUGAUCGCCCUUACGUGGCAGUGGGAGGUGGCGGUCAAUGGAAAGGCAGGCGUGCGGACCACUCCGGGGCAGGUCCUCCCUCCUAGGCCGGGCCAGGCGGAGACAAAGGCGGACGACAAGAAGGUGGCCGAGGACGACGACGACAGCAGCGACGGAGAGGAGGUGGAGGUCGCACCCGCUGACGAUGGAGACGAGGUCAAUGAGGUCGCCCGCAGCGUUGAGGCUCUUUCCACCGAGCCCAAGGACUCGCAGACCUCAGCCACGGAAAGCGCCACGCAAGCCGAGUCGGCAGAGUCCAAGCCCGAGGCUGAGGCCCCUGUUGACGCCAAGGCCGCCGCUGCUGCCGCUGCUUGGGGGGACGACGGUGAGGGCGAGUGGAUCACGCCCUCGAACGUAAAGAAGCACCGCAACCGCGACCUCGGUCUGCUUCCGGCCACGCCUGGCGCUGCCGCCGUCCCGCUCGCGGCCGCCGCCAUGACAGGCGACUACGCGGUGCAGAACGUGCUCCUCGGCAUGGGCCUCGGUCUGGUCGGAGAGGGCGGCAAGCGGAUCUCGCGGGUCAAGUCCUACGUACUGCGGUGCCACGCGUGCUUCAAGCUCUGCAAGGACUCGAGCAAGCGUUUCUGCCCGAGCUGCGGAAACGCGUCGCUCCUCCGCGCGACCGUCACCACCUCCAGUGUGACUGGCAAACAGACGGUGCACCUCAAGAAAAACUUCCAGUACCGCACGCGGGGGACGAAGUACUCGAUUCCCGCGCCCACGCCGGGCGCCGCCAAGGGCCAGAAGAAGGGCGGUAGCGGGCUGAUCCUGCGUGAGGACCAGGCCGAGUGGCAGGAGGCUGUGCGCGCCGGCGAGCGCGAGCGUCGUCGUGAGGAGAAGCGUAUUACGACGGGUGAUGGGAGCUGGAUGGACCCCGACUGGCUGCCAGAGAUCGUGACUGUGGGGAUGAGCGGCAAGGGACGGCAGGGGAACCACAACAUGCCUGCUAUUGGACACGGGCGGCGUAACCCCAACGAGGCCCGCCGCAAGAAGAAGUAGGCCCCCUCAUCGUCGGUGACACAUGUAUCAUAAUCACAC